UAGAUCAUUUUUGUUAUGACGUGGCAACAACGUUGAUUGAACAGGUUUUCGCCCAGCGGGACGUUAUUCGGGUUCGUACAGAAACCCAAGGACAGGGGCCUGCAGUUUCUCUAUUGGUGUGUUAUAAACAUGUAGGCGGAUCUUGACGAGCACCUCUGGUCAAAAACAAGUAACGUGUAGUGUACCAAGUGGAGGACGAGACGAGUUGUUUUUAAAAAAUACUACUAAUGUACUAUGAUUUAAAACAUGAGGAGAAUUGCUGCUACAAAUGGACGGGUUUAGAUAACAUCCAGGGCACUCUAUGUUGAUCCGAGUCAGUAGGAGGUGAUGAACCCCCCAGCUGAGAUGUCCCCUCCCACAGACCAUGUCGCCACAGAGACACAGAGCAUGACCUCUGACCCGUCCCACCUCGGAACUCUGGGAAGUAAUGUCCGCCUGAAGGCAGCCCCACCUAACGCCACAGGUUGUACCUGGCUGGUUGUCCUAGCAGCGAUAGCUGCAUCUCUCAGUGGCUUGAUGUUGGGUUAUGAAUUAGGCCUGACCUCCGGGGUCCUGCUCCAGCUAAGGGGUAUCCUCUCUCUGUCAUGCCGGGAACAAGAGCUCCUGGUGGGGUCUCUGCUGCUGGGCUGUCUGGUGAUCUCCAUUGCUGGAGGCUGGGGCCUGGACCGUUACGGACGCCGCUGGUCCAUGCUCCUGUCCGGAGGCCUUGUGGCUGGGGGUACUUUGCUACUACUGCUCCCGGCCUCGCUCACCACGCUGUCGCUCGGCCGCGCCGUGGUUGGCAUGGGGACAGCGUUGUCGGGUACGGCGGCGUGCAUGUACAUAGCGGAGAUAGCGCCACGGGAGCGCCGGGGGUUAUUAGUGACGCUGUACGAGCUGAUGGUGGUUGUCGGGGUGUUGCUAGGUUUCGGGUGUAGCUACGCGUUCUCUGCGUUGCCGAACGGGUGGCGGUACACCUUCGGACUUGUCCUCCCGCCAGCCGUUCUACAGGCCGCUGCCCUCGUCCUCCUCCCGCCCAGCCCGCGUUUCCUAGUCGCCAGGGGCGACUCGAAGCGGGCCAAGGAGGUGCUGGUCCGUCUGAGGGGCGUGGCCAGCAGGGAGACCGUGGAGGAGGAGCUACGGGGAAUCCAGGCGGGGCUUAAGGAGGAAGCGGAGCAUGGUUUCCGAGAGCUGUUCAGCGACAAGGCUAACCUGCGCCGGCGAUUGCUAACGGGCGUGGCUCUAGUGUUCCUGCAACAGACUACGGGUCAGCCCAACCUCCUCUCUUACGCCUCGCCGCUACUACGCAGCGUGGGUUUCCAUAGCGACGCCGCCGCCAACCUGGCCUCUACGGGCUUCGGCGUAGUGAAAGUGGUGGGGACGGUUCCCGCCGUCCUAUUGGUCGACAGGGUCGGGCCCAAGAGCUUCCUGUGUGUCGGUGCGGUCGCCAUGGGGAUGUCGCUUGUGACACUGGGGGUGGUGACCUUGCAGAGCCGCACCCAUCUCACCAGCCUAUGCCAGAGCCCUGCGGGGGUGAACCAGACCUACCAGGAGCAGAACUUAAACACUCCUUCCUUCGGAUUGAACUAUAGCUCUUUUAAAUUAUUCACGCCCCCUCCUGAUGAGAGCCAAUGGAAUGGCAGUGACUCUGCGGAGGCUCCGUGGACUAAGAGAGAGGAUGCUGGGAUGGGGUCAGGGGUUAGGGGGCGGGGUCACGUGAAGUGGAUCUCGCUUGUCAGCCUCCUGGUGUAUGUAGCUGCUUUCUCCUUCAGCCUAGGACCAAUGGUGUAUGUGGUGCUGAGUGAGAUCUUCCCUACAGGGAUCAGAGGGAAAGCGGUGUCCGUAGUGUCUGCUGUCAACUGGGCCACCAACCUCCUCAUGUCCAUGACCUUCCUCUCUGCCACAGAGAGGAUUGGUGUUCCCAACGUGAUGUUCCUGUACGCCACCAUAAGCUUCAUCCUGCUGGUCUUCGUCAUCCUCUUCAUCCCAGAGACUCAGGGACGCACACUGGAGCAGAUCUCUAAAGAACUGGCCAAGAAAAAGCAACUGAAGGUGAGGUUCUGGCGUCGAGUGCAACCCCAGGAGACUCUGUUCACCAUUCACAGGACCCCUGAACUCUCAACUCUGACCCCUUCACCCUCUCACCUAGCAGUCCACAGCAGAGGGACGAAGAUCUGGGAGGAGAGAGGAAAUGCGAGAAAUGGAGAAGAGGGAGGUCAAGAAACGAGGAGGAGAGAGAUAGAAUAGGGAUGAUAGAAGGAGAACAACCAUCUGACAGUUGGACCAUCUACUCUGGAUUGCUAACCUGUUUGUAGCACUUUCUACUGUUUUCAAACAGAAUACACAGGAUUUUACCUU